AUGGUCUGCCUGGCUGCUGGGUCACCAUCCCCUGGUAUGAUGCCAUCACGCCUGAAGAGCUACCUGGGAGUAUUUCUGGGUAGCAGAGUUCAUCUCCAAAAAAAGUCGAAGGAAAUAUAUUUUCUGCCUUCAGUCAACCAAACCACCAGGGCAGAUACUUUCUGUCUCGAGUUAGCUGUUGAGAUCAUGAAGGUCACCAAAACGCUCAAGCCUGAAGAGAUUCAGAGUAAAAUAAAAUAUGAAGUUGAGAAGGUGGGGGACGGGAUCGCAGAGGCGCUGCCUCCACUUUUUUCUUUCCCCUCCCCAACCCAAUCCCCGGCGCUCCCGCCUCCCAGCACCGGCCCGUGCACCCUCAGCAGCUCCGCAUCUCCGUCGGGCGGGGCCGCCGGGCCGGGCCGGGCUGUACCUGGGCCGGCCCCUCCCCGCCUCCGCCGCCGCUACAAAAGCGGCCUCGGAGCGCCCAGCGCGGCCGCCGCUGCUUGCUCUGCCCGGCGCGGGGCCUCGGGAGCCGGAGCCUCGCCGGGCCCCCGCGCAUGGGGGCCGCCCCCGGACAUGCCCUCCUCGCCGCUCGGCUUCGCUCUGCUGCUGCUGGCGGCCGCGGGAAGGUCGCUCCCGGUGAGGCGGAGUUCAGAUGGGUCCCUCUCUGAGGUUGUACAGAAAUGGAAGGAGUAUCAGCUCCAGUGCCAGAAAUACUUGUAUGAGACACCCCCCAUUGUGGCAGAAGGCAAGUUCUGCAACAGAACAUUUGAUGAUUAUGCCUGCUGGCCAGAUGGACUGCCUGGCACCUACGUGAAUGUCAGCUGCCCCUGGUAUCUUCCCUGGGCUAAUGCAGUGCUGCACGGGCAGGUGUACCGCUUCUGCACCUCGGAGGGGACCUGGCUGCUCAAGGAGAAUUCAACCCUGCCCUGGAGGAACCUGUCUGAGUGUGAGCCCUCUGACCAGGAUGCACCAGAAGAACAGCUCCUGAAUUUGUCCAUCAUAUACACCAUUGGAUAUGCUCUUUCCUUCUCUGCCCUUGUAAUAGCAACUGCCAUUCUUCUUGGAUUCAGACAUCUGCAUUGCACAAGGAAUUACAUUCACCUGAACCUCUUCACCUCUUUCAUCCUCCGGGCUAUAUCUGUUUUCAUUAAAGACUCAGUGGUGAAGUGGAUGUACAGCACAGCCACACAGGAGUACCAGUGGGAAGGACUUAUAGCCUUCCAGGAAUCACUCAGCUGCCGUUUGGUCUUUGUGAUGAUGCAGUAUUGUGUGGCUGCAAACUACUACUGGCUGCUGGUGGAAGGCAUGUACCUGUACACACUGCUGGUGCUCUCUGUCUUCUCUGAGCAGAGGAUUUUCCGCCUCUAUCUCUGCAUUGGCUGGGGUGUGCCAAUGCUGUUUGUUAUCCUCUGGGGAACUGUCAAGUACCUUUAUGAAGAUGAGGGUUGCUGGACCAGAAACUAUAACAUGAAUUACUGGUUGAUCAUCAGACUGCCCAUUCUCAUCGCCAUUGGGGUGAAUUUCCUCAUCUUUAUCAGAGUUAUAUGCAUCAUCAUCUCCAAACUUCAGGCUAAUUUGAUGUGCAAAACUGACAUAAAAUGCAGGUUGGCCAAGUCUACGCUGACUCUGAUCCCACUGCUGGGGACCCAUGAGGUCAUCUUUGCCUUCAUUACUGACGAGCAUGCCAGAGGGAUGCUGCGCUUCGUGAAGCUUUUUACUGAGCUCUCCUUUGCUUCCUUCCAGGGGCUGAUGGUUGCAAUUCUUUACUGUUUCAUCAAUAAUGAGGUUCAGAUGGAGUUUCGGAAAAGCUGGGAGCGCUGGAGGUUGGAACACUUGUAUGUCCAGAGAGACAGCAGUAUGAAACCUCUGAAGUGUCCAGCCAACAGCAUCAGCAGUGGGGGCACAGUAGGCAGCAGUGUCUAUGCUGCCACUUGUCAGGCCACAUUCAGCUGAGAUUUCUGCAGGUGAAUCAGAUGGAGAACAAUGAACUGUAUAAUCUACCUGAAAACCCUUAAAUACCCAAGCAAGUGGCUUAAGUUUGCCAUCUCCAGCAAGAAACUUAAGCAUGUGCUGCUCAUCGCCUGCCGGCUGUUGGACAAAGGUUUCUAGGGAAAGCAAUCUGCUAAUGUAAUGAACACAUCAGAGGAAAAAUUGGUCAUGUCUAAAGUAAGUUAAAAGAGUUUUUUCCUAUUUGCACACAAGGCCUCCAGGGGUCCAAAACUUAAGUGUUGCAUUGAUCCAGUCUGAAACCACAGGGUCAAUGGCUUAUUACUGUUGAGUGGGUGAGCUGAGUGAUCGACUGAUUAAAUUACAGGGAUAUAGAAUAUUAUUAUUGCCAGAAAAUACAUUUAGACUUUUCUGGUGAUAGGGCAAGGUGCCAUCACCAUUUUUAGAAAAAAAUAAUUUAGUGGGACACAACUUGGGUUUCAGGGAAGAAUCAGUUUUGUAGCAGGGGUUUCCCAAAGUUAAAGUUGAAAAUAUGCUAAUCUGUUUUCUGGGUAGGUGAAGAACAGCAUCCUGAAGGUCUGUCAAUGUACAGCAGGUAAUGUAGUGAACACUUCUGAAUGCCGUCUUCAAGGUUCGCUUCAAAAAGUAUAAAAACCCAAACAAAACAAAAAUGCAGUAUCUGUACAGAGGUACCUUCUCUGCUGGGAAUAGGUGCACAUUAUUUCUGUUGACAUGGAUGGAAAUGUACCCUGUGUGCAUUGUCAGUGCUAGGCUGCCCACCUGGUGGGCACACAGGUGUUCCCAGGGAUGGGGUGAUGGCUUGCGUUUCAAGAGAACUUUUCCUUGUCUGAGCUUUAUGCUGCUCCUUGGGGGUGCAAGCACACAGAAAGAAGUCAGCUUGCGGCCACUGCUGGUCUCAGCAGACCUCUCCUCAUUGCAGAGAUUCGCUGGUUGGCAGUGUGUACUCACUUUUGUUUCCCCUCCUGCCUCGGUCCUUCUCUCCUGUGACACACGGCACCCUCGCGCGGAGCGGGAGGCGGCCCUGGCGCAGGGCGCGGGUUCAGGACCAAGGAGAGCUCCCGCCCCCCUUCCCGGGGUGGGCUGCCAUCCUCCAGCGCCUGCCAGCUUCCCAUCAGCGGCAUUCCAAAAAAAAAAAAAAAAAAAACCUCAAACAAAACUAACAGCUCCAAACAAAAAA